AUUCUAAAAGCUUCGUCUUCACGCUGGUUAGAGAUCAUCUGCUAAAAUGUUCCGCAACAUCUUUCUUGUCAGCUUGCUCGUAUAUGCAGUCUGUGCAGCUCAAUGGGAGAUCAGUAAGGUGGACUCUGCUGAGGACCAAGAUGAAGAGAUCUCUGCUGACGGCAUGCUGAAACAGCAGAUGUCUGUUAAGUGCAAUUUAUGCAAAACCAUCAUGAAGAAGGUGAAAAAGAAAAUCUCCGCUAACGCAACGCCGGAUGAAAUCAAAACCAAGCUGAACAACAUGUGUGAUAAAUUCAAGCCACUGAGAGUUCAGUGCAAGCACUUUGUUGAAAAGUAUCUGCAAAAUCUGAUCGAUGAGCUGAUGACGGAUGACGGGCCAAACGCCAUCUGUACUAAAAUUCAUGCCUGCAAGUAUGUCAGAACCAUAAAGAAGUUCAUUGCUGUACGUGAUCAAGCUCAUGACAAUUUCUGAAUGAGAAUAAAUGAUUACUUUGAA